GCGGCGGCGGCGGCGGCUCGCUAGUCCGGCAAGAUAAUUUCACAAUGUUUGGUGACCUGUUUGACGAGGAUAUGUACUUUGGGUCAAACGAUAAUGGGAUGAAUGGUAAUAAGACAAAAUCGAAGCCGAAAGAUGUCGAUCCUCCAGCUCAUAGGGAGUUCACCAAUUUAAGUGGAAUCAGAAAUCAGGGUGGCACGUGUUACCUCAAUUCCCUCCUCCAGACUCUUCAUUUCACCCCUGAAUUCAGAGAAGCACUAUUUUCUCUUGGUCCAGAAGAGCUUGGUUCUUUAGAAGAUAAAGAUAAACCAGGAGCAAAGGUUCGAAUCAUACCUUUACAGCUGCAACGGUUAUUUGCUCAACUUCUGCUCUUAGAUCAGCAGGCAGCAUCCACAACGGAUCUCACCGACAGCUUCGGAUGGGAUAGCAGCGAGGAAAUGAGGCAACACGAUGUGCAGGAACUGAAUCGGAUCCUCUUCAGUGCUUUAGAAACCUCCCUCGUGGGCACUUCUGGUCACGACCUCAUUAAUCGCUUGUACCACGGAACAGUUGUCAACCAGAUUGUUUGUAAAGAAUGUAAGAACCUCAGUGAGAAACAGGAGGAUUUCUUAGACUUAACUGUAGCUGUCAAAGAUGUAUCCGGUUUGGAAGACGCUCUGUGGAACAUGUACGUAGAAGAGGAGUUCUUUGACUGUGAAAACCUGUACCAUUGUGGAGCAUGUGACAAACUGGUCAAAGCAGUAAAGUCUACCAAAUUGCGUAAGCUGCCUCCUUUUCUUACUAUUUCACUGCUAAGAUUUAAUUUUGAUUUUGUCAAGUGUGAGCGAUACAAGGAAACAAGCAACUAUACAUUCCCUCUGCAGCUCAAUCUCAAGCCUUUUUGUGAGCAGAAUGAGUUGGAUGACUCAGAGUAUACCUAUGAUCUCUUCUCCGUUAUCAUACACAAAGGUGGCUGCUAUGGUGGACAUUACCAUGUAUAUAUUAAAGAUGUUGAUCAGUUGGGAAACUGGCAAUAUCAAGAGGAAGUUGCACAUGAAAAUACUUUGAACAGCCCAGUUGAUCAGAAAGAACCUAAAACUUGCCAAGAAAUAGACAAUCCACUGAUAGUCCUGGAAGCAAUUAUUUUACAGGAGGGGUGUAGGCUCAUUCAGGUGGACCAGCUAGGUCAGAAGAUUUUGAAAAAAACAGGAACUUCGUGGAACAAGAAGUACCGUAAACAGCAUGGACCCAUAAGAAAGUUUUUACAGAGCCAUUCUCAGAUAUUUCUGCUCAGUUCUGAUUGCAGCAAGGUUGGUCUGAAGAAAACGCAUCCUUCACAGCAGCCCAAGCUUGACUUCGAAGCACACAACCUAAACAGUUCUCAGAGUAGCAAAGGUCUUCAGUUUCCUGAAGCACAGGCUGUAGGACCUCUGGAGUUAGAAGAUGGCCCGUGUGGUACCCAUUGGUUUGAUAUAAAUGAUUCCAGUGUCCAACCCAUCAGGGAAAAGGAUAUCAAGAAGCAAUUUGAGGGAAAAGAAAGUGCUUAUAUGUUGUUCUAUCGAAAAUCCCAGUUGCAAAGACCACCUGAAGCUCGAUCAAAUCCAAGAUACAGAGUCCCAUGCCAUCUGCUUAAUGAAAUGGACACAGCCAACAUUGAACUGCAGCAAAAGAGGGCAGACUGUGACUCUGCGUUCAAUAACAUUGACUUACAUCUCCAUCUGGGCUCACAUUAUCAUUUUUCUAAUGGAGCAUUACACCCAUCAUCGUCUCGAAAAGAGAGCGUGCUGGAUUUAACUAUCGAUAGAAGAAAAACUCUAGGGGAUCUCCGACAAUCAAUAUUUCAGAUUUUAGAAUUUUGGGAAGGAGACAUGGUUCUUAGUAUUGCAAAGUCUGUGCCAGCAGGACUUCACCUUUUCCAAACACUUUAUGGGGAUGAGCUAAGUUUGCGUGGAAUUGAAAUUGCUGAUGGGGAAGACAUCUUUGUAUGGAAUGGGAUGGAGGUUAGUGGGGAGAAAAUACCGACUGGCGAGGACUGUGUACCUGUGCUUCUGACUGUGUUUCGACCCUCAGAAAACAAUGGAGGAGGAAAGGUUGAGCAGGUGACAGAAUCCCAGCAUGUCUUUCCAGCCAAUGCAGACAUAAGCUCCGUAUGCACAGCCCUGGCAUUCCCAGCAGGGAGCAUCUGGAUGAACGGUGCCGGAUCCAAUGUCACCGAAUUAGAGAACUGGAAUGUUAUUCUCAAGGAGGACAUGAAAAAAACUAUCAGGGAAUGUGGCCUCAAAGAUGGAAGUUCGAUUCUACUUUUAAGAUCUAACGACUGUCAGGAAAGCUUGGUGUUGGAAAUGGAUAAUCUGACUGCUUUUAUAUGUGGAAGCCCCUGGUUACAAGUUAAAAAUUUAUGCAACUUGGAGUGUGAAAAAGAUCCAAUUAAAAUUCCUGUGACUUGGGAAAUGCUGAUGUUGGAUAUUCGAAUUAAAGCUAUAACAGAAUUGCAGCUGCCAGAAGACUUAGCUGGUAAUAGCUGUUUGAGGCCAAUUAACAGAAAAGGAAAGCUUCUUCCUCCCGUGCCAGAUGAUUUCACAAUCAAAGACGCAAACCUGAAGCUGGGAAAUGCGUUAGGAUUGUGUCCUGGAAAGGCCCCGACUUCCACUCAGCUCUUCUUGUAUUUUGCUCUUGGGAGUGAUCUACAGUCUGGCACAGAAAUGGAGAUCAUAGUGGAAGAAACGAUAUCUGUAAAAGAUUGCUUAAAAGUUAUGCUGGAGAAAUCUGGUUUGCCAGGUGACACUUGGCAUUUGAGAAAAAUGGAUUGGUGUUAUGAAGCGGGAGAAGCAUUAAGUGAGGAAAAUGCCACUCUGAAAGAUCUUGAACUAUGCACGGGAGAUACCUUGGUCCUAACUGAAGGGAAGCUUCCACCCAUGGGUUUCCUUAAAGUGCUUCUCUGGUGGUACCAGCCUUUCACUCACUCUCCACAAGAAAAUGUGCGAGAACAAGAAAAUGGCAUUUCAUGCCCAACAGGGACUCUGAAAGUUACCCCAGCUGGAGAUGGUCCGGGGGUUGUCCAAAGUGAAGUGUCACUCCGCUACAUUGGGGAUCUUGAAAUCUCCCAAGAGGCCUCCUUAGAAGAUCUGAAGAUUCAGGCUCUGACCUUGCCAUCUUUCCUGGAGGUCAGCAUCCCAUCCCCUCUCUUCCUUCGAGCCUGGAAAAUGGAAAGGAAGCAUCCAGGCAAGCUUUUACGAAACAACCAACAACCACUCAAGGAAUAUAAACUAGGUGAGAGAGUGGAAGUUUGUGUAGAGCUUCUUCAAAAGAAAGAGAAUCUGGGCUCCAGGGACUUACUACUGAGGGUCCAGAUGAGUAUACCUCAUGAGAGAGAGUACUCUUCGCCUGUGGAUUUGGCGUGGGAUAUCUCCAAAGAAUGCACAGCAUCCUCACUAACUCAACAAGUUGCUAAUUGCUACUCUCUUCCUGUGGAGAAAAUUGAAAUUGCCAAAUACUUUCCCGAGAAGUUUGAGUGGAUGCAGAUAAAUAACUGGACUCAACAGGUUUCCAAGAAGAAAAGGAAGAAGAAACUGGAAAAUUUACAGACAGCUCCUUAUCACUUGAAGGAUGGAGAUAUUAUUGGUGUUAAGAACCUCCUCCUUGAUGACGACAGAGACUUCAGUACAACACGAGAUGAUAUGGGCAAGAAGAAACUACAGCAGCUCACACUGGGAAAAAGGAAAAGCCGGCAAGCCGCUCGCUUACAGAAUAGCGAUAUAUUCUUCGACGUACGGGAGGAACCUGUUCGACCCCACAAACCCGAAGCCGCUCUUUCUAUCAACGUCGGGGUCUUCAGAUAGCAUCUGAUGGUUGUUCUGCUGGCUAGGCCGUUUUUAUGAGCGUGAUAACGAGUUAAGAUGGAAUCCCAUUGAAAGGACAUGCUUUCUUGAGGACUCCUACUGAAACAAAUGCAAUAGCUGAGGGAGGACUGCGGAUAUCUCCUGAAUUUUCUCAUGGUAGAUUGCUGGAUCCUCAGGCAAUGUGAGUCUUCCCCUCAGGUGAGGCAAAUGCACUUUAUCAAUCGGAAACUGUAUGCAGGUAACAUGUGACGAGUAUUUAGGAAAAUGUCAUACAAGUAUAAAUCUGACACUGCAGCAUCAUUACAGUGGUUGACCUGCUUCACUUAAGGAUGCCAUUUAUGUAAGAAAUCUUGACCGCUUCAGUUUUGCAUUCCUAAAUAGGUGAUUGAACUCUUGUUCAAAUGACUAGUUAAAUCUGAGGAAUUUUUCAUUUAAAUACCACAGCUUUGAAGCACCUUCUUGGUUUUGUUUCUUUUUCCUUUCCAUUUAAGCCCCAGUCUGCAGCCUUAGCAGCUCUAAACCUGCCGAGGUGACACGUUCAAGAAAGUGCAGUUUAAUGGUCCUUAGCGUGCCUUGUUUUGAUAUUUUUUUCCAUCGUCUUCUUUCUACCUGUUACAAUAGUUAUUAAAUCUGAGGAAUUUAUCAUUUAAAUACCACAGUUUUGAAGCAUCUUCUUGGUUUUGUUUUUUUUUCUUUCCAUCUAAGCCCCAGCUUGCAGCCUGAGCAGCUCUAAGCCUGCCGAGGUGACACGUUCAAGAAAGUGCAGUUUAAUGGUCCUUAUCGUGCCUUGUUUUGAUAUUUUUCUCCAUCGUCUUCUUUCUACCUGUUACAACGGUUAUAUUGAGCCAUGGUAAAGCAGUAGCUCCCUUUGGCUUUUAGAGAGCAGCGCUCUUUUUAGCCGUCAGUCAGGAGGAAAAAUAAAAAGUGCAAGCUGAAAUCACUCUGAAAAAAUUUACUCUGGUCAGCAGAGAGUAAAGAAUCAAAUGUGCCUAAAAACUGAAAUGAGUCUAGAGGUUGAAUCUUCUAGCCGUCCUGUUGGCCCCUGGUUUGCAGAUACGGGAAUCCAGGUGAUAUAUUCUGCCUUCCCAUUUUAUUAUCCAACGUACUAGAAGAGGAGUAUGAUAACCCAGAUAAGCUUCUCAUUUAUUCACGGUUCAGAUAGUUGGAUAACCUGGACCUCAAAUGAGUAUUUUAUUAGUUCUUUAGAAGGCUAUGUUAAAGGAGGGAAAAUGAACUAAGUUAAAUAUAGGUCUUUUCUUGGAGCUUCAAACAUCAUCAGUAAGUGUUUGAAUUUAAAGGGAUAGCUAUAGAACUUGGGCAAAAUUCAAAGACCUUUUUUCUGCCUGAAAUGCACCCCCAAACUUUUAAUAAAAUAUAUUGCGUUGUCACAAGUUUAUUCGUUCUGAGGAUUGAAGGAGCUCAUCUGAAAAUGGCACACAAGCCUGUUUCAAAUUGGAACUUCAGAACACAUUUCUUAGAAAUGGAAAAUAGUCAAUUUAUCAGCUUCAUUACCCAUCAGAGGAGGCUUUUCAGUACUUCCUGUAGCUAAAUGAGUUGAUCGUGUAUCUUCUCUGGCAAAGAUCAUUUUUUAUAGCAAAUUAACCAAAAUACUCUUCCGAAUUUUGUCAUCAAAAAAGCUCAUAUUUUCACAUGUUUUGAGAGGAAUGAAAACAGAUGUUUAUUGGGAUGUUUUGUUUGCAAAGACAUUUACGGUUGACUAAGCACAAGCCAAGGAAAUGCAAAUUCCUCUUUUUUCUUAUAAAAGAAUGGGGAAAAUGACUUGAAAAACUGAUAACAGUAGGGAAUGAAAAAAAUCAUUAGUAGCAUUUUUUUAGAGCUUAAGAAGAGGAAGAAUUCUCUUUUCUUUCUUCCCCACUUUUAUCUCUCCUCCUUUGCUACCCAAAUCUAUUCAAGUCAGAGGCUGAAGUUUCUGUAAAUGUUCAUUCAGUAGGGUGAAUGUCGGGAACCGCAGUUUGAAGUCUGUAUUAAAGGACUGUAGGUUGAUCAUGUCUUUAAACUUUCCCUAAACUAUCUUUAUAGGAACUCUUAUAAGGGCUUUUGUUUGCAUAAGGAACAGUCUUUAUGUACUAUUCCUAAUAAACAUUUUGAUUUAAUAACCAGAGAAUGGGUAAAUGUUCCUCUGGUUCCAAACUCCUUUGUUAUAUUCAAAUGUACUUUAACUGACAUUUUAAGCUUCUUACUAUACACAUAUCCAAGUUAAUUUUUAAAACUCAUUUCGUCUUUUGUAAAAAAAAAAAAAAAAAUGUUGCUUUUGAAAAGCCCGGAACUCUCUAUACAUUUAAAAAAAAAAGAAAGUACCAAUCCGGUAUUUUAGAAUGUGCCUUUAAAGUGUAAUGUAGCAAGCACUGCACUAUAUCCGAACUAAAUUGCUUGCUUCAAAUGAGUUCCUCCUUAACGACUUUUCAUUUUGGGGGGGAAUCGAAUUGAGAAAUUUUGUUUAAGAAGAAUGACACCAUUUUAAAAUAUGAUUUUGAUUUUGCCAUAUGUGAUGGCUAGUCCAUGUUCGGUUGGAGAGAAGAGUUGUGAUUUUGUUAUUUUCCAAGUGUUCUUCAGACACUAAAUAAAACUGGUUUCUAUGAAGAAA